AUGGGCAUGCCUCUGGAAAUCCGCCGCAUGAUCCUUCGAGAACUUCUCACGAUCGACGCCAACCACAAGACCCUGAUUGCACCUCCAAGCACGUGUUUUAUGCCUAGGAGGAUGAGACGCGAUGAGUUUCAUGCUGCCGCUGUGAGAGAGAAACACACUUGCCUACUCCACAGUGCUAUCAUGUCGACCUGCAAGCGACUGUACGAAGAAGGACGAGCGAUACUCUUUGAGGACAACCACUUUGUCGCGAUCCGAGGAAACCAGAAGCUGUUCAUCAAGGUCAUGGUAAAGUGGAACGUGUACACGUUUUGGGUGCCGGAAACCUGGGCUGGGAAAUGGAGUCGCACGAGCGCAGCCUUCGAACUGGACCAUUACCACGUCUCGCCGAACGUCACCAUCGCCUUCAAAACAGCCGUCGACGGGCCGAUGAGGCGAGGAGCACCAGUCCUGAUUCCUGCACGACACCUCUCGGCAGCUGUUCUCGCCGUACUCGGGGUGCAAAUGACCCACCCACGGACUGGUCCAAUCGAGCUUUAUUUCCACAGCAAGUAUGGAAAGAACUUGUUUGGGGGCAAAGAACCAUUCACGGUGGAGGAGCUGCGAAAGAAGAUCUUCAUCUGGCUCGGCAAGUACUCAAAUGGCUUUAGAUGGUGCUGGAGCCAGGAGGCGCUUGAUGAGCACGAGAAGCAGUCUCGUGCCCAAACUGAAGCGGAAGUUUUCAAGGCCUUUCAGGAAACAAAUGCCUAUCACAGCAAGCGACACGCUGAAGAGAACGCCAUGUACAAACACCUCAGAGAAUUCGUCGUCGAGAUGGACGAAUGUCUCGACGAGGACAAGCAAGCAGAAGCCUUUUCCAAGUUUCAGGAGUUCGCGCAUCAAAUGUCUGCGGCUGAGGACAAGGCCCUCAAUGGCAGUUUCGCACCCAGCCGGCCCUUACCGUUGGCAUUUAUCGAAAGGACUGGGCAGCUGUAUGCAUACGCAUGCUACCGAGUCACUUCCUUGGCCAACCCAGAUCUUCUUGGUUGGCACAAAACCCUCUACCUUGAAUGGAGUAUUGAUCGCGCGCUGGAGCGCAUGCCAUUGUGGAUGAUGUGGUCGGCAAAGCUGCACGCCGCAAGCGAACUGCUGAUUUUCUCCGACAACGCCUUCAGCACCUACCAAUUUGGCCAAGAGUCUGCAGAAGUGCAGAGAAAUGUCCGGAAAGCAACCGCUGAGGCCGUCAGGGCGGCGCUAUUCGACAUUAUUCGGUACCUGGACCGAGAACUGAAUUGCAACUAUGGACAUGUGCGUAAGUUGAAGGAUCAGCCCUUCGACAAGGAUGAAUGGGCCACAAGCGCUAUGCAAUCAUGA